AGUUCUUUUACUGCUAGCUUUCUGUCAGACGGUGUGGGGACACGGGCGAAUGCUUGAGCCCCCCGGGCGGUCCUCAGUGUGGCGUUUUUACCCAUGGGAUGACCGCUUUGUACCCAACUAUAACGACAUGGAGUUGUUCUGUGGAGGGUUUUCGACAAUGAUGAGUAAUGGCGGGAAAUGUGGUACGUGUGGUGACCCAUACAACGGGGAGCGUGAAAAUGAGGCUGGCGGCAAAUACGCAACUGGGUUCAUUGUCCAGAACUACGAAAAAGGGCAGAUAAUCGAUGUCACUAUUGAUCUCACAACUUCACACAUGGGGUUCUUCGAGUUCAAAAUAUGUGCCAACAAUGACGUAACAACACCAGUAACUCAGGACUGUUUGGAUAAGCAUGUUCUGAAAUUUACAAACGGGGAUGUUAAAUGGCCGAUAACAACUACUGGGUUUUACCAUCUCAAGCUUCAGUUGCCGCCGGAUAUGACGUGUGAUCAAUGCGUCCUUCAGUGGCACUAUAAAGCAGGUAACAAUUGGGGCGUGGAUGAAAUAACCGGAGAAGGGUGUCUCGGAUGUGGUGACCAGGAAACCUUUAUUAACUGUGCAGACGUUAGCAUAUCCGGUACUGGAGGUCAAACUUCCGGACCACCACCCCAACAGACGACUACAACUAAGGAACCAACACCCCCAGCACAGACAACUGCACCGCUAAGUCCAGAAUCCACUUCCAUCUCAUCACCAAUCACGACACUGUUGCCAGGUAGUAGCUCGUGCCUGGCUGGUUACAGGACGCGUUGCCGGGGUGAGGGAGUAUUUGACGAGUGUUGUAACACUCUCUGCCACAAUCACGCCUGCAAUCCGGCCUUUUGUACGUGCGACUGUGUUCCGGAUAUGACGUGUGAAGGCAUAGGUCCCUUAAGGAACUUGCUAUUUGCCGAUGAGUAUUGUUAUCAUCACUGUCUGGGAGGCUGUCCCGAGUUAAGUAACAGUUGCUUAUGUCGCUUGAAUUAGACAAACUAUUCAAAAGCACGUAUAUUAUGUAUACAUAUGUAUAUGAUGCUGCAUAACUCUUGACACAGUUACCAUAACACCUGUCAUUGAAAGAAACCAUGUAAUAUACUCAAUCUAUAA